AUGGAGGCCGGCAAGGAAGUGGUCGUAGUCACAGGCGGCAGCGGCUUCCUGGGCCAGCACGUCGUGAAGCACCUGCAGGCCGAAGCCUCGGUGCGCGAGGUGCGCGUGGUGGACGUGCGGCCGUACUCCAACCUGCUGGGCGCGGCGUCGCCCCGCGUGCCGGUGCACUGGACGUGCGCCGACCUGGCCGACGAGGCCGCCGAGGCCGUGGCGGCGUGCGAGGAGGCCUUCCGCGGCGCCGACCUCGUCAUCCACUGCGCCGGCCUCGACGACCGCUCGCACCCCGCCGACCUGGGCGCCCUGCACCGGAACAACGUCCAGGCCACCGAGGCCGUGGUGGCGCUGUGCCAGCGCCUCAGCGUGCCGCGCCUGGUGGUGACGUCCAGCAUGGAGGUGAUCAUGGUGCCCUACCUGCGCGGCGUGCUGGGCAAGGCGAUGGGCUCCUUCACGGUCAUCGUGAACCAGACCGAGGCGCGCGCGCUGCCGCCCAGCGACCCCGACGUGCUGCCGCCGCACGCGGCCUCCAAGCUGCGCGCCGAGCGCGUGGCGCUGCAGGCCAACGGGGCCCCGCUGCAGGACGGCGGCGUGCUCCGCACCGUGGCGCUGCGGCCGCCCCUGCUGUACGGCGAGGAGGACCACAGCCUGGUGCCCGCGCUGCUGCGCCUCGCCAAGCUCUGCGACAACACCCUGCUGCAGCUCGGCGGCGCGGCCAACCGGCAGCAGCACGCCUACGUGGGCAACGUGGCGUGGGCCCACGUGUGCGCGGGGCGCGCGCUGGCGGCGGAGUGCCUCUCGGACACGGUGGAGGCCCAGUCCGUGGCCGGCCUGGCCGUCUUCGUGACGGACGACAGCCCCCGCGGCGACCUGCUGCGCCUCACGCAGAUGCUGCUCACGUUCCCGGACGUGUCGGGGGUGGGCACGCCGUCCCUGGUGCGCGUCCGCGGCUGGCCGCUGCCCGCCUGGACGUCGUACCUCGCCGCCGUGGCCGCCGAGACGCUCCUCGCGUCGUGGACCAAGUCGCAGCUGCCCGUGCAGCCCAGCGCCCUGGUGCGCUACUUGUCGUCCUUCGUGUCGCUAAGCCGGCUGCGCGCCGAGACGCGCCUGCGGUACACCCCCAAGUACGCGGCCGAGGACGCCAUUGCCAGGAGCAGGGCCUACUACGCCAGGGCCAAGGACCUCAAGGCCCUCGUGCAGCAGUAG